AUGGACACCUCCCCGUUCGGCGUGAUCCUGUCCUUGCCGGUCCUGCUCCUGCUGGCAGCCGGGGGCGGCUCCCCGAGGCCCAGCGCGCUGCUGCGAGGGUGCCCUGAGCACUGUCAGUGCGAGCCCGACGGCAGGAUGCUGCUCAGGGUGGACUGCUCGGACCUGGGGCUCUCGAAACUGCCCUCUAACCUCAGCGUGUUCACCUCCUACCUGGACCUCAGCAUGAACAACAUCAGUCAGCUGCCCCCAGGCCCCCUACACAGUCUCCGCUUCCUAGAGGAGUUACGUCUUGCCGGAAACGCUUUGACAUACAUUCCCAAGGGAGCAUUUGCUGGCCUUGAUAGUCUUAAAGUUCUUAUGCUGCAGAAUAAUCACCUGAGACAGGUACCCAUGGAAGCUCUACAGAAUUUGCGAAGCCUUCAGUCCCUGCGUCUGGAUGCCAACCACAUCAGCCUUGUACCUCAUGACUGUUUCAGUGGUCUGCAUUCCCUGCGGCACCUGUGGCUGGAUGACAAUGCUUUAACAGAAAUCCCUGUCCAGGCCUUCAGAAGUUUAUCAGCAUUGCAGGCUAUGACCUUGGCCCUGAACAAAAUCCACCACAUACCAGACUAUGCCUUUGGAAACCUCUCCAGCCUGGUGGUUCUGCAUCUCCAUAACAAUAGAAUCCACUCCCUGGGAAAGAAAAGCUUUGAUGGGCUCCACAGCCUGGAGACUUUAGAUUUAAAUUACAAUAACCUUGAUGAGUUCCCUGCGGCAAUCAGGACACUCUCUAACCUUAAAGAACUAGGAUUUCACAGCAACAAUAUCAAGUCGAUACCUGAAAAAGCCUUUGUAGGCAAUCCUUCUCUUAUUACAAUACAUUUCUAUGACAAUCCCAUCCAGCUUGUUGGAAGAUCUGCUUUUCAACAUUUACCUGAAUUAAGAACACUAACUUUGAAUGGUGCCUCGCAAAUAACUGACUUUCCUGAUUUAACUGGAACUGCAAGCCUAGAGAGUCUGACUUUAACUGGAGCACAGAUCUCAUCUCUCCCUCAAACCGUCUGCCAUCAGUUACCUAAUCUUCAAGUGCUUGAUCUAUCUUACAACCUGCUAGAAGAUUUACCCAGUUUUUCAGUCUGCCAGAAGCUUCAGAAAAUAGACCUCCGCCAUAACGCAAUCUAUGAAAUUAAAGUUGACACUUUCCAGCAGUUGCUCAGCCUCCGGUCUCUGAAUUUGGCCUGGAACAAAAUUGCCAUUAUUCACCCCAAUGCCUUUUCUACUUUGCCAUCUCUAAGAAAGCUGGACCUAUCGGCCAACAGCCUGUCGUCUUUUCCUGUAACUGGGUUACAUGGUUUAACUCACUUAAAAUUAACAGGAAAUCAUGACUUACAGAGCUUGAUAUCAUCUGAAAACUUUCCAGAACUCAAGGUGAUUGAGAUGCCUUAUGCUUACCAGUGCUGUGCAUUUGGAGUGUGUGAGAAUGUCUAUAAAAUUUCUAAUCAGUGGAAUAAAGGAGACAACAGCAGUACAGAUGACCUUCACAGGAAAGAUGCAGGAAUGUUCCAACUUCAAGAUGAGCGUGAACUUGAAGAUUUUUUGAUUGACUUUGAGGAAGAUCUGAAAGCCCUUCACUCGGUGCAGUGCUCACCUUCCCCAGGCCCCUUCAAGCUCUGUGAAUACCUGUUCGGUAGCUGGCCGAUCCGGAUCGGUGUGUGGACCAUCGCGGUUCUGGCGCUCACUUGUAACGCCUUAGUGACUUCAACCGUGUUCCGGGCCCCUCUGUACAUUUCUUCCAUAAAACUGUUAAUUGGGUUGAUCGCGGCCGUGAAUUUGCUCAUGGGGCUGCCCAGCGCCGUGCUGGCCGGCGUGGACGCCUUCACUUUCGGCAGCUUUGCCCGGCACGGAGCGUGGUGGGAGCAGGGCGUCGGCUGCCAGGUCGUCGGAUUUUUAUCCAUUUUUGCUUCGGAAUCGUCUGUUUUCCUGCUCACUCUGGCGGCCCUGGAGCGUGGCUUCUCUGUGAAAUGCUCGGCAAAGUUUGAAACGAAGACGAUUUUUUCCAGUCUGAAAGCGGUCAUCGUGCUGUGCGCGCUGCUGGCAGCCACCAUUGCCACCGUGCCCCUACUGGGCGGCAGCGAGUACCCCGCCUCUCCGUUCUGCCAGCCGCUGCCCUUCGGGGAGCCCAGCGCCUCGGGCUACAUGGUCGCGCUCGUCUUGCUCAACUCCCUCUGCUUCCUCGUGAUGACCAUUGCCUACACCAAGCUCUACUGCAAUUUGGAGAAGGGAGACCUGGAGAACAUUUGGGACUGUUCUAUGGUGAAGCAUAUUGCUCUGUUGCUCUUCACCAACUGCAUUCUUUACUGCCCCGUGGCAUUUUUGUCCUUCUCCUCUUUACUCAACCUCACAUUUAUCAGUCCUGAAGUAAUUAAAUUUAUUCUUCUAGUGAUUGUUCCACUUCCUGCCUGUCUCAAUCCCCUGCUCUACAUCCUCUUCAACCCCCAUUUUAAGGAGGAUCUGGGGAACCUAGGCAAGCGAACCCACUUCUGGACAAGACCGAAACACGCAAGCCUCAUGUCUAUUAACUCUGAUGACAUUGAGAAACAGUCCUGUGACUCUACCCAGGCCUUGGUGACCUUCACCAGCGCCAGCAUAGCCUACGACCUGCCUACCAACUCCGGGGCCCCACCCGCUUAUCCCACCAACAAAAGCUGUCAUCUUUCAUCGGUGGCAUUUGUCCCCUGUCUGUGACUAACACAUAAGAGAAACGUUUUUAAAAAUUGAAGAUCCAAAAAUAUGAACUUGAGUACAUGAGAGAAAUAGUUAAAAUGAACUGAACUGAAACUGAUUUUUGCUUAAAAUCUCAGUGUGAAAAAGCUAACAGCCUAUUAAUACAGGGGGAGACAAAAAGUAAAUCUAAAUGCUGCUUGUAUAAUCUGUUCAGCUAAGAGAUAGGGCAGUCACACUAUUUAGAUAAGCCCAGCUUUUAAGAGCGAUAGAGAGAUUCUCUGUGAUUGCAAAGGAAUUCUCUUAAACUCACUAAUCUAAUGACAAGGGAGGAUAACCACUUGCUCACGAAAGUUUUUUUUUUUUUUAGCCUGAAAACUCCUCAAAUGGUAACUGGAGGUAUGAGGAAAUGGGGUUUUAAAUGGUGUACAUUACUAAGUAAAGAUUGUGACCAAAAGACUUUAUUUUAAUGACUUCAUGGAGAUAUUUUGGUCCCCCUUGGGCAUCUUCUAAGAAAGGAUUCUUCCAGGUCACCAGCUCUCCUCCCCCCCCACUCCCACCACCACCAUGGAUAAGGUAAGAUAUUAUUCACUUACUGGGUUCACAUUAUUUUUAGAGAAACCAAAUUUCAUACAUAGCAUUAGAUGAUCCCAACCUUCAGUGGAAUAAAACUGCUUACAAAUACUUUGAAAGAUAAAUGAACUCAAAUUCUUAAACUGUCACAAAGGCAACCAUAUGCAGAUAAAUUUAGCUUACCUAAUUUAUUUUUUUUUUCAACUCCUUGGUUCCCAGUAUUCAGAAGAAAAGUCCAUUGCCUAGAAAAGAUGGUAGGCAACCUGGAAAUUUUUUUCCUGGGUACGUGCACAUUUUUGGAAUGAAUUUUAUCAAAUGGCUGCAUUUUAAAGUCAUGAUCAAGUCCUCCCCUGGUGGUACAAGGGGUUAAGUUUCAGCACUAUGAAGAU